UAUAUUGCUCUGACUAAUCAAGUGUGAGAAUUGCGUUUUCCCUUGUUUCUGCUCGGCCCGAUUGAGGCUGUUUGUUUUUGACAUAUUUCACUAUCAUUGCGUAGCGAAUCUAAUGACAGAAUAGUGGGUGUUAUUCCGAGAGAGAUAAAAAUUAGAAUAUUCAUCAGCAGUAAUACAUCCCAGCAAUCGAGUACUUCUAAAUUAACACUCGGAGUGGCCGAGUGCUGCCUUAUACAUAAAGGUGUAAUGGAUUUUAGCAUGAAACGUACUCUGCGAGUGGCAUUUGAAGACAAUGUGAUACAAACUUUGAACAGUUGAACGCUUGUGCUCUUACGACAAAGGAGAUGAUGAAUUGAUGAUUUUGUAUCGAUUGGCAUAUUUUACAACAUCCAUGGCACAAGAAUUUCAGUCACUCAUGACGGUUAUGUGGUGUCUCCAGUCAAAACAUUCGAAAUAAUACCAAUUGAAUUUUACUCUUGCGUGCAUCAGCUUCAAACCGGAAUCAAUAAAUUUCAGGGAUGUAAGAAUGGGAUGCCUCUCUCUUUGUGUGUUUUGAAAUGUUCCGUUAAAAUCUUGAUAAAAGCAUGUUUUCAAAGACCGCAUUAACUGAGAUACUGCGACUUGAAUUACAGUUAUAAAUGAACUCUCCAGAUAAUUAGUGUACUAAUUUUAGGUGUUCUUAUAUUAGCCAAAUGUCGGAUUCUUAAAGCUUUGAAUAAUUAUAUCGGAAUUCAUUUAAUGGAAUAUGUCGACAAUUAAGAGAGCCUACAUGGAGAUAUCAAACGGAAUUCGUGGUUUGCGAUUCAGGAGCGACCAGCAAACGCAACAGAAUAGUAACCAGAGUCCCCAGGGUGCUCGGGAGGGCCAGAUGACCCAAAGGUUUAAUGUGAACGGAAGCGGGGCCAUGAAUGUCAGAAUCGUGCGGUCCCCCAAACCGCUUAUCGCAAGAAAAAUUCGGAGCUUAUUCAGCAAGAGCCAACCGGACAAUAUUUUGGAACUCUUUACAGACGAGCGCUUUUUGACCAAGUUCUUCAGCUAUUUUUCUCCCGAGGAACGAGGGACGCUGUGUCAGGUGUGUAGAUUGUGGAAGAACGUGUUAUAUCAUCCCAAGUUCUGGGUAGACGUUACCCCCAUUAUUGUUUGCCGUGAGCUUAGCCCGAAGGAGGACCAGAGAAGCAAGUUUUAUGACAGUCUUCAACAAAGGGGAUUUGACACUUUGUGUCUCUUUGGUGCCACCGACAACGAUGUUUCAGAUUUUGUUGCUCAUUUUCAAACGUACAAGAAACAAAUUAAAGCCAUAAGUUUACGCUGUUCAAAUGUGACUGAUACGGGUAUAGAAAUUUUAUUUAAGAAACUGCCUUGUUUGUACAAAGUUGAACUUUCAGGUUGUAACGAAAUCACAGAGACCGGUUUAUGGUCAUGCCUGAACCCUAAAAUUGUGUCUUUGACAAUAAGUGAUUGUAUCAAUGUUGCAGACGACACUGUGGGGGCCAUUGCACAACUACUUCCGUCUCUUUUUGAACUAAAUUUGCAGGCCUAUCACGUGACUGAUGCCUCUUUGGCCUUCUUUAGCGCCAAACAGGGAUACAUUCUGUCCAUUUUAAGACUACAUUCCUGCUGGGAAAUCACGAAUCAUGGCAUCGUCAACAUUGUACAUUCCUUGCCCAACCUGACGGUGCUGAGCAUGUCGGGUUGCAGCAAAAUUACGGACGAUGGGGUCGAGCUCAUUGCAGAAAAUCUCAGAAAACUCCGAUCUUUAGACCUCUCGUGGUGUCCACGUAUCACUGAUGCUUCGUUAGAGUACAUUGCCUGUGAUCUGAGCCAGCUGGAAGAACUCAUUCUUGACAGGUGCUCGCGAAUAACGGAUAUUGGUGUCGGGUACCUUUCUACAAUGACUUCACUACGCCGCUUAUUCUUACGUUGGUGUACACAGAUUCGAGAUUUCAGCCUCAAGCACAUUUAUUCCAUGAGAAAUCUUCGCGUGCUGUCUCUUGCAGGGUGCACUCUAGUGUCUGGGCAAGGGUUGUGUGGGUUGACACAGUUACAUAACUUAGACGAAUUAGAAUUGACCAACUGCCCAAGUGCAUCUCGGGAAGUUUGCCUCUACCUCCGGGAAAACAUGACGCACUGUCUAGUUGUGGACUAAGUGAUAUCCCACGUUCACAGAAAUCACAUCGUGUAAUUUCCACGUUGCAGGUUAAAAAAACUCGGUUGUGCAAAAUGCUCCUGUGUACAUGUACUCACCUUGCUAAAAUUCUGAAGGAAGACACAUAUAAAAAUGUCUCGAAAGGUCACGUGACUAUCAUCUACAGAGAACUUGUGAGCACAGUAUGAGUCCUUGAUUAUACAGAUUCUGAGAUUACAUAUCUUUUUUAUCUUCUUUUUUUGUGUAACUAAAACAUCGAUAACACUGGUUUUUUUAUGAUGAAAAUAUGAAUUUGAAUUUUAAAAUUUCCAUAUUUAUUUUAAAAAUAAAUUCCAGCUUUAUUCCUUUAUUGACAGACCAAUUUUGUACAGAAUGCUUGUUAUCACUGGAAAUAAAUGAAGACAAAAAAUUAUGAAUGUUG